GCUGCUUGACGUUGCUUUAAGCUGCACGUCUUCAGCCUCAUUAGUAGCGAGAACAGUUCAGCGGACUGUUAGUUAAUUCCUUGUCAAAGAACACUAUGAAUCAAGAAAAGCUUGCUAAACUUCAGGCACAAGUCCGGAUAGGUGGAAAGGGAACGGCCCGCAGGAAGAAAAAGGUUGUUCACAAAACGGCAACAGCUGAUGACAAGAAACUCCAGGGCUCACUGAAGAAACUGGCAGUGAACAACAUUGCAGGGAUCGAAGAGGUGAAUAUGAUAAAAGAUGAUGGGACGGUGAUCCACUUCAACAACCCCAAAGUGCAGGCGUCUCUGUCUGCCAACACCUUUGCCAUCACGGGCCACGCUGAGACCAAGCAGCUGACAGAGAUGCUGCCGGGCAUCCUGAGCCAGCUGGGAGCCGACAGCCUCACCAGCCUGCGCAAGCUGGCCGAGCAGUUCCCGCGGCAAUCAAUGGACAUGAAAGCAGUCAAGGAGGAAAUUGCAGAAGAAGAGGACGACGACGUACCAGAACUCGUGGAGAACUUUGAUGAAGCCUCAAAGAACGAAGCAAACUGAUGAAUCCUAAUUUUUUAUUUUAUUUUUUUCUCCCUCCAUUAACCGUUUUAUUUUUUACCUCUUACGGACUCACAAAGGGCAUUUCCUCUUGUGGGGAAACGGUUGUUAAAGGUGCAGCGUAUCUUCUCCGGAGAUGUGAACCACCUUUGGUUUAGCCUGCCAUGACAGCACAACAGCAACAUGCAGAUAACAUAAGUCUUGAUUUCAGUAGGCUGCGAUAUUGUGGACACGCCGAAGAAACGAGAAUCUGUACGACUCUCAGCACCCAAAGGACUCAAACUACUUUGGAGAUAAGCUUUCUACAUGGUUAAACGUGGCUAGUAUUUAAGAGAUUGUUUAUUAAAUUACAAUUUAAGUGAGCGAACAAUUCACUUUACAAUCGAGUGGUGAUUUAUAAAUUUAAUAAAACAUUUUUGGGCUAUUGAAUCUUC